AUGUCUUCGACCGAUAUCAACGCUGUUCUCUCCAAGCUCACGCUAGAGGAGAAGAUCUCUCUUUUGGCCGGUGCCAACUUCUGGGAGACCGUCUCGAUCCCGGAGAAGGGCGUCCCUGCUGUCAAGGUCUCGGAUGGCCCCAAUGGUGCUCGUGGCGAGACCUUUAAUGGCGGCGUCACCGCUGCUUGCUUUCCUGCCGGGACCAGCAUCGCCUCUACCUUUGACGUCGACCUAGCUAGGCGCAUCGGUGUUGCCCUUGGCGAAGAGACUCGCACCAAGGGCGCCCGCUGCUUGCUUGGCCCUACCAUCUGCAUACACCGUCAUCCCCUCGGCGGCCGUAACUUCGAGUCGUUUUCAGAGGACCCCUUCUUGACUGGUACGCUGGCCACCCAGUAUGUCAACGGUGUAGAAUCCACUGGCGUCUCGGCCACGGUCAAGCACUUUGCGGGCAAUGAGCAGGAAACCGAGCGUCUUAGCGUCAAGGAGACUAUCAGUGAACGUGCCUUGCGCGAAAUCUACCUGAGACCUUUUGAAUUAGCCAUCAAAAACGGCAAGCCUGGCGCUGUUAUGACAGCCUACAACAUUGUGAACGGCGACCAUUGCGACUCUAAUUCGUUCCUGCUGAAUCAGGUCCUGCGCGGGGAAUGGGGUUGGGACGGCCUCCUUAUGAGUGACUGGGGUGGUGUCAACUCAACUGUCGAGUCCAUCAAAACCGGCCUAGAUCUAGAGAUGCCUGGCCCCACUAGGUGGAGGAAGGUCGACGAGGUCGUUGCCGCUGUCAAAGCUGGUAAGAUCUCUGAGGAGACUAUUAAUCAGCGGGCCAUGCGCAUCUUGCGCUUCCUUGAGCGCCAGAAAUGCUUUACGGACCCCAGCAUUCCCAAAGAGCAGGCUGUGAACAAGCCCGAGCACCAGGCCCUUAUUAGAGAGGUUGGCUCCAAGGGUAUCGUUCUCCUUAAGAACGACGGCAUCUUGCCACUGACGAAGGAAAAAUUAAGGAACAAGAAGGUCGCCCUCCUCGGGUACGCCAAGCAGGCCCUUUUGCACGGCGGUGGCAGCGCCUCUGUCAAUCCUCACUACAAAGUCUCCCCGUGGGAUGCCCUUCAUGAGGCCUUCAAGGGCGAGAAUGUCGAGUUCGCUUUUGCCAAGGGAGCGGAGACUGAACGCCAGCUUCCUGUUCUCAGUGAAAACGUUGUCAGUCUCAAUGGCGAGCCCGGAUUCACCUUCACUCUCCACGAACCCGGCAAUCCAGAGCCCUACGAGACAGUUGGGCUCAUCAAGGACGCCAAUGUCGAUUUACUGACCCACAGCAUUCCUCCGAAUAUGGACGUCAAGCUCUCUGGAAUCUACACCGCACCAGAAACUGCCAAGUUCUAUACCACACUCUCCGGUCUAGGGCCCUCGCAGCUCCUUAUUGACGGUAGGAUCGUCUUCGAGCAGAAAGAAAAUUGUUCCGACUCGAUGGGCUUCAUCCUAGGUGGUGUCGUAGUUCCACGCUUGGACAUCUCCCUGGAGGCCGGUAAGCAGUACAAGAUCGAAGUCAUUAGUCAGCCGCCAAUGCCUAUCGAGGGUGUGGACCUGGGUAUUCUUGAAGGCAAAGUGGGAGUGCGCCUGGGCUGGGUGUCCGGCCCCAAGCACGACAUUGACUACCUGACAGAUGCUCUUGACGCUGCAAAGGCUGCCGACUACGCAAUCAUCUUCACCGGUCAUGAGCCAUCAUGGGAGACGGAAGGCCAAGACCAAGCCAGCUUCAAUCUCCCGAAGGAGGGAAGCCAGGAUCGCCUCGUCGCAAGUGUCGCUGACAUCAAUCCCAACACCAUUGUGGUCAACUCGACCGGCGUUGCCGUCGCCAUGCCCUGGUUAGACCAAGUCAAGGCCGUUCUGCAGACAUGGUUCCCUGGCCAGGAGGCCGGCAACGCCAUCACCGACGUACUUACGGGUACACAGAACCCCGAAGGCCACCUAACCUGCACCUUCCCGAAGCGUCUCGAGGACUGUCCGGCCCAUGGCAACUUUCCAGGGACUUAUGAGGGCCGCCAGCUGACCGUGAAGUACGAGGAGGGCGUCUUCAUCGGCUACCGCCACUUUGACCGCCUGCCGGCCGAUAAGGUCAGCUUCCCCUUCGGCUUCGGCCUGUCCUAUACCACCUUUGGCUUCUCAGACCUCUCCGUCCAUGAGGCCGGAGCAGACGGCGAGUAUGUAGCCUCCGUCAACGUGUCCAACACGGGCGGCGUCAAGGGCGCAAUCGCCGUGCAGCUCUACGUCGGCAGCACUAAGAGACAGCCGGAGAAUCCUGUCAAAGCCCUUGUCAGCUUCAAGAAGGUCACCCUCGAGCCUGGCGCGUCGGUCACUGCUGAGCUGCCUGUCCGCGCGCGCGACUUUGCAUUCUGGAGCGAGAAGGACUCGCGGUGGUUCGUCGAUGAAGGAGAGUACAACUUCAGCAUUGGCAAGAAUGCUGCAGAGCUGGUGGCGAGCCAGACGGUCAAAAUCGGUGCGCAGACUUGGGCGCCUUAG